ACAUUAAUCUCACUUUAGAUCCACAUGGUGCCUCGUCUCUGGGGGACAAUGUGAGCUGACAAACUCGGAUAAGAAUUUGCUUAUCAGUUAUUUUGUAAACAGCUGUGUAAUAUCAGUAUAAUGCAGCGAUAUUUAAAUUUCCACUGAAGUUCAGGCUUUAAUUGGAGAACUUUUCAACCUUUCUUUUCACCACGUGUGUUAUGUGAGACGUCCAGUUUUGACUGUAAGAACUUAUGUGCCUGAGAGUCUGACGCGGGUCUGUUCAAUGGCUACCUCAGGCUCCACCUCUUCUGCCUCCAUCACUGCCACUGUGCCUGAAGGUUUCCAUUAUGAAACCAAGUACAUUGUGCUCAACUACCUGGGCAUGGUGCCUGUUGGUAGAUCACAGGCACCAACCACAGCUCAAGUAGAUGCCCAGAAUGAGAGAGAGAGGAUCACAAUGAUAAAAGCACAGAUAAAGGAAGAGCUGAGACAACUGGAAGAUGAAAUCACUGCCUCCUUUUGCACAACAGGCUUCAACCGACACACAUCGUUGGUGUUUAAUCCGGCCAACCCAGAGACCUCUGUUGAAGACUGCCUUGCUGCAGUGGGUGACCAGGUGGCCGGAGAGCUCGACACACACCUGGCAGCAGCUGUACACGCACUUCUUGUGGGGCCUCUGGACUACCAGAGAUUCAAAGACACAGCAGUGGAACUCUCAACACACGUGCAGGCAGGCUGGAGCAAAGUGCUAGUGCCUUUGGUUCUCCUCCAGGCUUUACAAAGUGAGGGCCAGCCCCUGACAACACUGCUGAACUUGGGGGUGCGCUUCCUAGAGGAGGAUGAAGCUGGCUACAUCAUCCAGCAAGGAGGAUGGAGUGAAAUAUUCAGGCUCGAGUCAGAGGAGGAGCGAGGCGUGACCAUCGCUGAAGACAGCAACGACAUUUACAUCCUCUCAGGAGAGCAGCAUCCUGACCAGCUGAGCCCCCCCUCCUCUCUGCUCUGCACUGGAGACAACAGCAGUGAGCAGAGCUCCUGGCAGACGGAAAGCUUACCUGUGUCUCUGGCCGGCCACGAGUCUUGGGCACAGGUUGGUGUGAUGGACCCUGAAGACGUCAAGAGUCUGGACAGCAAUGAGGGCGUGGCUCUGGCCGAGGAGCGCAGCGAGAACAACUCCUCAAACUCGGACAUUGUCCAUGUCGAGCGUGAGGAGGCCGAGCUACUCGAGGAAGGCGGUGAAGUCGGAGCAAUAGAAGACAGCAUGAUGAGUGUUUUAGGCACAGAGAGCGAGCUGGCUGAGCUCAGGGAAGAAUUUAGAGACCAGACUCCACCUGCUCCGCUGUCAGCUGAGGCCGACUCCACAGCCCCAGCUUCCCUGAUUUCAUUAGAGGAACCAGUUGUAAUAGAGACACCUGCAGUUCUGUCAGGAGAGCCUUCCCUCGCCUCCUCAGAACCAGAGCUGCUUCCCCCGGUCUCGGAAGCUGCUGUGCCCCCUCCCUCAGAGCCAGAACCUCCAACAGAACCUCUGGCACCUUUAUCUGUUCCUGCAGUAGAACCAGAGCCUGAGCCAGAACCAGCUGCUGCUCCUGCCUCAUUGCCUGCUGAGGUGGCGGCCCCAUCCCUAGCCAAGGAAGCCCCGGCAGCACCAGCAGAACCUGAAGCCACCUCAGAACCAGCGCCUGAACCAGAACAGGAGCCAGAGUCCGCCGCAGUGCCUCCCCAACCAGAACCAGAGACUGUGGCAGAGACUGUGGCCGAGCUGGAGGCCCCGCCGGCUGCACCCCCUGUCCUGGAGGCCCCAGUGGAAGUCCCAGCUGAGGAGCCCCCAGUGCAGCUAGAGUCAGAAUCAGAGCUCCCGGUGCUGCUUUAUGGAGGUGCUGCUCUGGUGGCCCUCGCUGCUGUAAUGGCAUAUGGUGUCAUAAGCUACAGGAGGAAGUAGAAAAGUAUCUUUGUCAGGGAUGGAGAAAAAAUAUUACAAGCUGUUAAGGUAGAAAUAAAUGUAUUAGUACACACAUGGUGGGACUCUCCUUACAAAUUGUGUUGGAUUUAUUAAAUCAGGCUGUUUUUUUUAAUCUGCUAUGCUUUUGAAGGUUUGAAAUCUGUGAAAACGCCCCCAGCAACCAAAACCCCCCAGAGCCCUGGCUGCCACACCAGGUGCAAAUGCAGAUAUGGGAAAAUGAUGCACUCCACUGUUCUCCUUGUUUUUGAUGUUUUACUUUUCUCUUUUGUGUUAAAACUCUUAAGACCCCAGUCCUGCAUCAUCGGUGUGUAUACUUUUAGCCCUCUUCUGUGAGUUCAGUUUCUCUAAUGCCUGUGACUCACUAUUAAGUUUGUUUUGUGCCAUUUGAGUCAAUGUGCUUCCAUGAAAAAAUUUGCUGACAACACAACACUGUGUGACUAAAGGUAUUUAUUUAUAUUUUCCUUCUCAAACUGUGAGAAGUUGGUCUGCUACUUUCCCUGAUAAACAGACCAAACAUUUGAAAUGGAAGUGAAACCAGUAAUUUGGUUUCUGUACAUCAGCUUGAAAUUAUUAACUAAUGACACACAACAGGUGCAUUUGUGUUCCAUCUUUUUAUACUGCAAAUGGGAUUUGUCAGUUCACACGCAGCAUGUUUUAGUUUUGGUGGAUUGAAUCAUUAAAAACCUUUCCCAAAAUGGGUAAAAGUAUUUAUAUGUGUCCUGAGGUAUAGUACUGCUGCUGCAUUUGUAGAAUUGGUACAUCAAGCAUGCUGAUCUACUUCAAGGUUCGAGGUCACACAUCAUUUGUAAGUAAAUCUGAAUAUACUGUGAAGGUCCAAAACGGAUAGAUACAACAAGUAACAAGUUUGUUUGCAAUGGAUUUUUCCCGCUUUGUGUAUUGAGUACAUGAUGGAAUACCUUACUUUCAGUACUAAUGUCAUCCAUGGUUAUGUUUACCCUGCCAAAGUGAGCUGUAUUACACCAUAAGGAGAUAAGGAGAGUAGCAGGAAUGUGACUGUAGUACAUAAAUUCAGUCAUCCUUUUAAUGUAAAUGGCUUUAAUGAUUGAAUUUACUGGUUGGGAAACUUACUUUUUUCCUGCCAGGUCUUUAAUCCUCAGUAUUUUGUCUGCUCCCUUUUCAACAACUGCUCAGCUUUUUAAUGUACCUGACUCGUGCUACAGCUUUCCAGUGACAAUCCCGUCUGUCCCAGUGCCUGUUUGUCUGUUAGGAUUUCAGUAAUUGAUAAAAAUUCCAUACCCUCCCUGAGUAGAAUAUAAGCAAGCCACUGUGAGCUGUUACAUGCAAAAAGAGACAAUCAGAAUGACAUAAACCUGUAUGUAUGGUUUCACAUGUGCAGAAUGCUGUUAUAAACAUUUGGUUUUGAAGUAACAAAAAAACUUUAGAUUCACACCCUCAGCCUCUUGAGUAGCUAUGAAAUUACAUUUUUUUUUCUAUGAAUACAUCACUCAGCUAAAGAACUCUCUACAGUUAUGAGUGAGCCCAUCUGCAGUGUAGUACAGUGCAAGAGUUCUUAAACAGAAGGUGUGAACUGUUAGGGCAGCAGUUGACUUAAUGUCCUGUUGUGACAGUUAAGUCAUGAUGGUUAAAUAAAGGUGACAAACAUGUUUUGCCCUUACUGCCACUGCCUCACCACUUAAAUAUUUUCUCCCGGACAAUUUAGGGAUAGUCUACUGAGUUGUAUCGCUAUGAAAAUUCAUGAAUGGCUGGUAAAAAGCGUUGGACAGAAACCCUCUUCUUUGCAACUGAAGGGAUAUUUCUAUGUAUGUCAGUGUUACACAUAGUAAUACUCAUUGACUGGAAACUAUAGCCUGCUUCCAAAGGGAAACUGAUAAAAGUAUAGAGCUGGAUGGAUGUUACAGUGUUCCACACAUGACAAUUUGUACCUUGAGUUUCCUACAACACUGUUUGAGAUGAGAAUAAUAAAAGUAAUAAUAAAAAACUGAACUAUU